AUGGAUUUUGUCCCGCUUGCGAGUUUUGAGUUUCUGAACUCCCUUCUUCAGGGCGUGGAGGCGCAAGGAUGCCUUAUGACUGUGCGGUUGGAGGCCUUCACGUGCCGCAGCACCCGCAAGAAGAAACAGCUAGCAGCCUCUAUGGCGCAUUACGCGAAUGCGAACACCCCGCCACUUGCCCCCGCCUCGCACGCAGGCCCGUCGCCACCGCCGCUUCAGUUGGACGGCAGAUUGCCCGUUGUUUUUGCGCCUGUUGACCCCGAGGACAUUGAUGAUAGGCUUGUAUACCUCGUGGCUGCCUUGAACAGCAUCUACGGUGAAGACGGGUACGAUUUCUCGGUCCUCACUGAGGAAGACUUUGUGGUCUGCAACGAGGCGCAGGUGCGGGCCAAGGUGGAUGUGACGCUGCACUCCAUGUCAGACUCGUGUCGCCCGGCGGUGGAGCAGUUCUGGACGCUUGUGAGCGAGCAGGUCAUGGAUGCAAGCCAGGGGUGCGAGUACUUUCGCUUCAUGUGCCCCACCUGCGAUCCCAUGGUGUCGCGGUCACUCUUUUCGCAACACUACUUUCUUUACAAUAGGCGGAGUCGGCUGCUUGUGUCUCUACUCAUAUUUGCCGAGGGCAACGCGUACCGCGGCGACGAUGGUGUUAUUGUGGGGAAUGGUUUUUACGUGGAACGUGACGAUGCAGACAUGGAUGAGGGAAACAACAGUAGCAGGGGGGCGUGGCAAAGCAGCCCCGAGCCAUUAUCGUCGGACGACGGUGUAGGUGGAAAAAAUCUCCACUACUACUACGGCCACUGA